AUGGCAAACAGAGUCGAAUUAGGAGAUUUCACAUUACCAGAAUUGAAAACCAAUGAUUCACAGUUUCAAUCACACAGAUACUCUCAUCCAGUUGAGAGCAUACAAUUAAAUCAAUACAUAGUAGUUAAACAAAAGAAAAUAGAUAGAGAUAAGAUAAUGUUCGAUAAAUUAUCAUUGCUAUUGCUAUUCAACAACAAAAAUAGCGAUACGUUGACAAAUAGUGUCUAUAUAGAUAAUAGACAAUAUAGAUCGAUUGAUCAUAUGAUAGAUAGUUAUGUUAAGAUGGAAUUAAAUUGUUAUAAAAGAAAUGAUUAUAUUUAUUUGUUUCAAGAGAGUGUAGAUAAUAGAUUAAAGAAUUUUGCAGUUUCAAAUGUAUUUGGACAACAAUUGACAAUGCACUACGAAAUCGAAAAGCAAAUUUAUUCACAAUUCCGUAGAUUACCAACAUUACCAAGCUCGAUGGUCGGUUUAGAGACUGUUCUUGGUUUGGAUGAAGAUUUUGAUUUUGCAGACUUCUUGAAUGAUCCAAUGAUGUCAGAGAAGCCAUUACCAACUUUACACGAUGCUAUGGAAAUCAGAUUGGGAAUGACCAAGCCAAGUAUUCUUAAAUUUUAA